CCUGUUUUGAGCCCGUUGUGCUGUUAACACUCAAGUGCCUUCCCAGUAAAUUCCUACCGUCAAAGUAAAUAUUUUGGAGAAUUAUGGUCAGUUUACGAGCUUUCGUCGUCGGAUGCACUGGGGAGACAGGCAAGGCAUUGAUAAAAGCACUGGCCAAAGAUUCUAGAUACAGCUCUGUCAAACUAAUACAAAGACGUAAAACUGAAGUUGAUUAUGGAACUGAGGCUACAGAAGUUGAAAAUCGUUUCACUCAGAUUGUUAUAGAUUUCGAACAUCUGGAUGACUACAAGGAAGUGUUUCAAGGUACUGACAUUGGAUUCUGUGCACUUGGAACAACAUUUAAAAAAUCAGGAAAAGAGAAGAUGAGAGUAAUUGAUCAUGACUAUGUGAUACGUAUUGCCGAAUUAAGUUCUGCUGCUGGUUGUAAAGAAUUUCAUCUUGUCACUUCUAAAGGAGCAAAUAAAGCAAGUGCAUUUUUCUACCUAAAACUGAAAGGUGAAAUAGAAUCAGAUUUAAUAUCACUUAAUUUAUUUUCCAAGUGUCUUGCAAUCUAUCGUCCGGGUACUUUGUUAUGCUCUCGUGUUGAAUCUCGUCCAGCUGAAAGAGUUUUCCAGUUAUUAGUAAAACCUGUCGCAUAUAUGGCACCUACAUUACUGACAACCCCAGUUGAUAUUCUUGCACAAGCUAUGGCUCGGGCACCAUUUUCUGCAAAGCUGAGCAGUGAUAGCACUACGCAAACAGAAAAGUCGUUACCGAAAAAUAUUCAUAUUUUAGAGAAUCAUGACAUUUUUAGUCUUGCUACAGAUGAUGGGUCAGCAUAGUUUAUUAUAUUUUAAAUUAUUGUACAAUGUGAUUUUACUAAACUUGCUAAUAUCAGCAUUCUUGUGUAAUCUACAUAUACUAUUCAGCUAUUCUCAUUUUUCUGAUUUUCUUUCACUAUGUUUCGUUGUGUUGCUUUUCAUAUCUUUGUUUAAUUAGGACUGAUGAGUUAGUAUAAACUAUAUUAUUUUGGACAGUUAUAUGUAUAUAUGCAACAUUCAUUCUGCAUUCCCUGAGUUCUGAGUGGAACACAGGGCUUCAGGCUUGGGAUUGUGAUGUUGUGUUUUACGGACAUGGGUUGUUAGCCUCACGUCCGACCUUCCCUUUUUUUUCGAACCUGGGACCACUUACGUGGGCCAUGAUCAUUCUGCCAAUGAACCAAUGACGCAUUAGUCUUUCUAUAUGUCCUCUCUUUUGUUUAAUUUUCCUUUUCUUUAUUAGCACAUCAUCUUAUCUGUGAUUAGUUUUGAUAUUUUAUGACUUUAUGAAGUUAUAACCUAAACUAUUACAAUUGUGUACAAUGUUAUGCCUUGUUUUUGUACAGUUACAUUUGUUUGACUGUUUAUCCGCGAGACUAGCAUAAUAACUGUCGUUUGUUUACUCGCUCGAAAGUCCUUUAUUUUUAUCGCAAGCCAUUGUGGUGUGCCUAUUUUCCUGUUAUCAUGUAUUUUCAGCAACGUAAUCA